AUGUCGGAGCGAGCAGGACGACUUUCCAGUCUGCAGAAUGGCGCCGUGGGCUCUCUUGCCGGCAUGAUCGAAGUGGUACUGCAGCAGCCAACGGUAGCCAUGAAGAACGCAGUACAGCAAGGCCGCCCCAUCCACUGGUCCCCAUUGGCGCUCUAUCGUGGCGUUGGCGUCUCGCUUGUAUCAAUUGCGCCGGUAAGCGCGCUGCAGUUCGCAGUCAACGGCCGUCUGCUGCGUGACUCAACAGAAGAGACAGGAGCGCCUUCGGACUCGGCCAAGUUGCUCUGUGGCACGUUGUCAGGUAUCUCGUCGGCGCCGCUCAGCGCAUCCGCGGAGCUCGUCAUGACGCUGCAGCAAAACAAUGGCAAGAGCUUUGGCGCUACUGUCAAGGAGGUGGCACGGACGCACGGGGUCGUGCGACUGCUUAGGGGUGUGACUGCCACGGCCAUACGAGACGCCACGUGGUGUGCGGGAUACUUGGCGCUAGGCCCAGUGUUGACGCACAGGAUGCACACGCUUAGUCCAUCGACGUUCGGUCAUGUGGACACCGCUACCAAGUCGCAGAAGACGUCGGCCUCGCUCGUCGGAUGCGUUGCUGCCGGUCUCCUUACUGUGGUGGCCACGCAGCCUGUGGACACGGUCAAGACUGUCAUGCAGGGUGAAGCCAUGAUGGUGGCGUCUGAUCAGGCCCCUAGCACUUUCGCCACAGCUAUUCGUAUCUACCGCGAAGGAGGUUUGUCACGAUUCUAUCGCGGCAUUGUCCCUAGGGGAUGCCGCUUAGUUGGUGCGGUCUUUAUCCUGGGUCAGUCACGCGUCUGGCUCGAGGAGGUCUUUGAAGACCAUGCAUUGCUCAAGUUCUAG